CAACCUUAUUGAGUCUUCGUUGAAGAAGUAGCAACCUGCAUCGAAGAUAACUCCUGCCGAAAGAACAAGGUAGUUCAUGCAAGGUGCUCUCUAGAAAUUAAGAUCUAUGCAAGAACAUGAAUAUGGUAACAUAAGUACUUCGAUAAUAAAUUUACUUUGAACUUUUGAACAUCAUGCAAAAGAAAUAAGUGGCGAGAGAAGAGCAACUGGGAAUUCACAAGCAGAACAUUCCCUUGAGAACACUGACAGGAGAGGCAAGAGGGUAAUAUGCCUGCAGCAGUAUCUGAUGGAUGGAAGCACGGACUCCUGGAUAAACACAGCGCAAGUUCACGUCACGUGGUCCACAGGCGAGCUGCGAUUCGGACUACACUUCCCGUGAGGCCUUGCGCUCCUCACGUCAUCCGGCGCUGCAAUGUUAUGGCGCUCGGUGUGAGCUGCCGGAGGGUGAGAGCAUUCGCCAGCGCGACCUUGUGCCCUUUAACGGCCUUCGGGCGAAGCGCUCGGUCCACGGCGGGACGGCAAGGCGGCAGCAGAUGGGAGGCAGUUGUGGGAUUGGAAGUCCAUGCUCAGCUAUGCUCCAACUCCAAACUUUUCUCUGGGUCACAGGUGCAGUUUACAGCACCUCCAAAUUCAUUGGUGUCAUUUUUAGAUGCUUCACUUCCAGGCACUUUACCAGUUCUAAAUAAGCAUUGUGUCGAAGGAGCUGUGAAGACAGCAUUAGCUGUAAAUUGUACUAUUAAUAAGAAAUCUACUUUUGACAGAAAACACUACUUCUAUGCUGACCUGCCAGUUGGAUAUCAGAUAACACAGCAGAGAUGUCCAAUUGCCAUCAAUGGAAGCCUCAGAUACAACCUUUGUAUUGGGAAGAACCAUGUGAUACCCAAGCUUGUGCGAAUCAAACAGAUCCAGCUGGAGCAAGAUAGUGGCAAAAGUCUUCAUGAUGAUGCAAGGACUCAGACAUUAAUUGACUUAAACAGGGCUGGGAUUGGUUUAAUAGAGAUUGUUAUGGAACCAGAUAUGUGUUGUGGUGAUGAAGCUGCAGCAGCAGUUAGGGAGCUUCAACUUAUUUUACAGACACUUGGGACAAGUCAUGCAAAUAUGGCAGAGGGACAGUUAAGAGUGGAUGCCAAUAUUUCAGUACAUCGACCUGGGGAACCAUAUGGCGUGAGAGCUGAAGUGAAAAAUAUUAACAGUGCCCGAUUUCUGGCAAGAGCAAUCGAUUAUGAAAUUCAGAGGCAGAUUAAAGUUCUGGAGAAUGGAGGGAAAAUAUUAAAUGAAACAAGAGCAUUUGAUUAUAAAUCAGGACAGACCGUAUCUAUGAGAGACAAAGAAGGAAAGCAAGACUACAGGUUUAUGCCAGAGCCAAAUUUGCCUCCAUUGAUUAUUUAUGGCAAUGAAACUCUCCCUGAUCACGAGAAUCCACAACAAGUGGUGAAUAUUGACCGUAUUCGUGAACAGCUGCCUGAGCUACCUAAUGCAAAAAGAACAAGAUUGGUGGAAAAGUACGAUAUUCUUAUUGAACACAGUGUCACUUUGGUGAAUGAAGAUGGACUUGUGCAAUUUUUUGAAAGUGUUGUAGAACAGACUCAAGCCUGUCCAAAGAAGGUAAUAGGUUGGGUAAUUAAUGAUUUCCUGGCACUACUAAAACAAGAUAAUCUCAGAGUAAACCAAAGUCCCAUUAGGCCCACCGAUAUGUCAGAAAUACUUAAUCUCUUGGAAACUGGAUCUAUAUCUUCAUCUGCAGCAAAGCAAGUUCUUUUUGAAUUGUGGAAGGGUGAAGGCAAAACUGCAACCCAAGUAGUUGAACUAAAAGAAUUGGGAAUGAUCAAAGACCAGAAAAAAUUAGAACAGAUCUGUCAACGUGUUAUUGAGGAUCAUCCUGCAGAGGUUUCUGAAAUACAGCAAGGAAACUGGAAAGUAGUAAAUAAACUGAUUGGCCAGGUUCAGAGAACAACACAUGGUCGUACAUCCCCCAUUCAGGUGAAAGCUAUUUUAGAAAAGAAGUUGUCCUUAAAGGUACUCCAUACAAAUCAAUAUUGAUGGCAAGACUUUUUUCCAGAGUUGCUUGGGAUCACUCAGAAUUGAGUUUAUGCGUUUGCAGGGGCUUUGUUCUGAUCUGUUACUAGGACAUUAUGAUUUCAUCAGACAAGCACCAGAGAUUCUAGGAAUUCUCUCAAAUUGGGAAGUUACUGAUGCUAUCAGAUAUGUUCAUUUCAUCCAUGAUGAUUGUGAUAAGAUUGGGUACUUGUUAUAGGAAAAAUAAUUUUC